GGGCGGGAGGAGGCGGGACUUCCGCGUUUGUGGGCGGAUCCGGGUGGGUGUUGAUUUGUCAGGAAUAAAGCGAAGAUUAACAUUAUAACAUUGUGACUUUUGUCUCUGAAUAAUAAAGUAAACAGUUCGUUGCGCUCGCGGUAAAUCUGCAGUCAUGCCGGGAAUCGAUAAAUUACCGCUAGAGGAAACUCUGGAGGACAGUCCGCAGACUCGCUCUCUGCUCGGUGUGUUCGAGGAAGAUACAGCAGCCACAUCCAGUUAUUUCAGUCAGCUCUUCAAAGCCAUGCAGAGAAUCUACGAUGCCCAGAAUGAACUGAGUGCUGCCACACAUCUGACGUCUAGAUUACUGAAAGACUACGAGAAACAGCGUUUUCCUCUGGGCGGUGAUGAUGAGGUCAUGAGCUCCACUUUGCAGCAGUUUGCCAAAGUCAUUGACGAGCUCAGCUCGUGUCACGCCGUUCUCUCCACUCAGCUCGCAGACGCCAUGAUGUUCCCCAUCACACAGUUUCAGGAGAGAGACCUGAGAGAGAUUGUCAUCCUGAAGGAAGUGUUUCAGAUUUCAAGUGAUGAUCACGACACAGCCGUCAACAGAUACAGUCGUCUGUCUAAACGAAAGGAGAAUGAGAAGGUGAAGAAUGAAGUGAUGGAGGACGUCUACACGUCCAGGAAAAAACAGCACGAGACCAUAAUGCACUACUUUGCAUCGCUCAACAUGCUGCAGUACAAGAAGAAGAUCGCGCUGUUGGAGCCGCUGCUGGGAUACAUGCAGGCGCAGAUCAGUUUUUUCAAACUGGGAUCAGAGAAUCUGACGCAGCAGUGGGAGGAGUUUCUCACCAACAUUGGAACCAGCGUGCAGAAUGUUCGCAGGGAAAUGGACAGCGACGCUGAAGCGACGGAGCAGACGAUUCAAGACCUGAAAGCGGCCAGUGACCCACUCUACAUGCCUGACCCAGACCCCAACAAGAUCCCUGUGAACCGCAACCUGACCCGCAAGGCUGGCUACCUCAACACUCGCUAUAAAACGGGUCUGGUGUCAUCUGCUUGGGAACGUCAGUAUUUCUUCACGCAGGGAGGAAACCUCAUGAGCCAGUCGCGUGGAGACGUAGCCGGAGGUCUCGUUAUGGACAUCGACAACUGCUCCGUCAUGGCUGUGGACUGUGAUGACCGACGCUUCUGCUUUCAGAUCACAUCGUUUGAUGGCAAGAAGGCAGUCAUAUUACAGGCGGAGAGCAGGAAAGACUGUGAGGAGUGGAUUGCGACAAUAAACAACAUCUCUAAGAGGAUAUACCUCAGUGAAAACCCAGAGGAAAUCGCAGCGAGAGUGAAUCAGUCGGCUCUGGAGGCUGUAACACCUUCACCAUCCUUCCAACAGCGGCACGAGAGUUUCAGACCGAGCACGCAAGGUCGACCCAAAACUGGCCGUUCAGGCAGUCAGUGCUCUGCGGGCUCCGAGUCUCCGGCGCUGUCGUCUCUGUCUCUGGAUUCGCUGGUGGCUCCGGACACGCCCAUUCAGUUUGACAUCAUCUCACCCGUCAGCGAGGAGCACACGAGUCAGACUAAGAGCGGAGCUCAGGGCAGAAGGACCAAUCCAUUUGGGGAAUCUGGAGGGUCAAAAUCUGAAGAAAGUGAAGACUCGAUUCUGCACCAGCUUUUCAUCGUUCGGUUCUUGGGCUCCAUGGAGGUGAAGGCCACAGAGAGCGCAGACGUCAUCUAUGAGACCAUGAGACAGAUCCUGGCAGCCCGAGCCAUUCACAACAUCUUCAGGAUGACCGAGUCUCAUCUGCUCGUCACGUGUGAAUGCCUCAAGCUUAUUGACCCACAGACGCAAGUCACAAGACUACGGUUUCCUCUCUCCAGCGUUGUGCUGUGUGCGUCACAUCAGGAGAACAAGCGCUUGUUUGGUUUUGUGCUGAAGACAGCAGGAGGACGAGUGGACGGACGGCCCGUUACAGUCUGCUACGUCUUUGAGUCAAACAAUGAUGGAGAGAAGAUCUGUGACAGUGUAGGACUGGCGAAGCAGAUCGCCCUCCACUCUGAGAUGGACCGCAAAGCCACACAGAAACAGAGAGAGCUGGACAAAGCCAAGGAGAAACAACAGGAAGAACUUCAUAAACAAAAACAGAUUGAGAAGGAUCUCGAGGAACAAAGCCGUUUGAUAGCCGCCUCUAGUCGACCCGGCCAACCAGCUGCUGAUGGACAGUUCUUGGUCCUUAGCAACAGCCAAUCAGAGGACAGCGAUGCAGGAGAGGAGGGGCAGAAAACGGGCGAAUCCGAGGCCUGAUGGAAACCGUUCUGUGCUUGGAUUCCACGAAUAUCACUUCCUGUUCUUCAAGGGUUCUCCAGAGUGGCCUGCAGAAACAAUGAUUUAAAAUAUGUGACUGCAAAAUAUGAUAAAAAACGAAUUCAUAUGGACACUUCGGGGAAAACUUAUCAAAAGUUGUUAUUUGUAGGAAUCCUGUAUUUUUACCAUAUCCGUUAUUGAAUUGCAUUUGCUUUUAGAGGGUUUUAUAUAUGUAUGUGUGUAAAUGAAUGCACUACACCUGAAGAGACGUAAGGCGACGACGUUUGUUGCUUUAUUUCGAUGAAGUUGCACGUGUGAGUUAAUACUGUUGGGCUUCGUUUUCUGUUCUCACUGAUAAUGUUUUAAGGCUGCAUGUGUUUUCGUUCAUAUCAUGUCAACGGUGACAGAAUUUAGAGUGAAUUUCACAAAACGUGUCAAGAGCGUGAUGUAUUACGGUAAUUAAAAUAAUACUAAAUAUCUUAAUUUUCUUUAUGCAAAUCAAUUCUUUCUGAAAUAUGAGCCGUUCUUGAGAGAUUCUGUGAGGUUCAUCCUACUGCAUUUCAGAAUGAUUUCUAUUUUGUGUUUGUAAUUAACACAGUUCUGAUUUUUGUCUAUAAGCUAUUGCAACCAUGUUUCAUAAUGUUUUUCAUCUACAAACACAUUUGUUUGGUUAAUGUUACGGUUAUGUGAUCACUCAGUGUUUCUAUCUGAUCACUAAGGAAAAUGUUUUGUUUUGUUUAAAAUCAUGUGAUCAAAUGCCUUUGAACUUGGGAUGUACUUUAAUUUUUUUGUUCUGUUUUGUAUAAGAUAUUUUGAAGUCUGCAUUGCACAUAAUGGCCCAAUGUAUUGAAAUGCUUCAGCUUGUGGAUAAAAGAAACAGGUGAUGGAAUUGCAAACUGCAAAUUUUCUCCAAAAAUCUGACAUGGUGGAAGUUUUUUGCUGAAUUAAAGACGGUCUCAUUCAUUGAUUUGGUUUAUUUGACUCGUUGUGUGAAGUAAUUAACACUGUCUUUAUGGUUCAUAUACUGAGACACUUUCUGUUACAUGACAGUCUGUUAUUAAGUUUGAAGCAUUUGCAGCAUUAAUUUGUACAUUAUUAUUUCUAACCUUUAAGAAAAUGCUUGUGUCUAAAUGUCUUUCUGCAAAAUCAGUUGAUGGAUU